UGAGUACACUUGAAUUUAAAAGUUAACUUGUGGAGGGCUGGGGGUGGGGCAGAAUAGCAGGGCAAGCAAAGUGUUGGCCUGGGAAUGUCUGUUCCGUGCCAGAUGUCACAUUGAGUUGAGAUCCUGGGGAAGGUUCCAUUAAACAAGUCCAUGGAAAUUCAGAACAUAAUUUGUGUGCAGAGCAUAAUCUAAUUGUGAGUGCGCUUCAUUCUUUUUAAGUACUAAAAAAACACACAAGAAUCAGUACAGAACUUUCUCAGGGGGACGUUCAAAAGCAUUUUGUUCAGAGGCUUGAAAGUGCAGAUCAUUUUUAACUGAUAAACAAUGGUGCGAGGUGAAAUGCUGGAGCUUGUGGCUGGAAGCUGAGCUGGUUUGCAGAAUGCCUUGUCUCUCUCCCCAACCUGCACCCAGCUCUGAAAGGUCACAGUGGGAGCACUGCCUCCCAAGAUGAAGUCCCCUCCGCAGGGCAGGUUCUCGGCUCAGCAGGGGCCUUGGACAGCCCUCUCUGGGCGAAGCGUGGGAGCUACCCACCUGCUCUGCACCUGCUCUCCUCCAAGUCAGUCUCCUGAUCCAGAAUUCCCUCUGUUGUGCUGCCAGGCUUCCUCCUGGAAACAUUUCCAUGUGACAUUAUUACUCCCUCUGCCCGAGUCUCACUGUAGUUCCUUGAACACAUGUCUGAAUUAAAACAAACCCCCCAUUUGCUUCUGUUUCACCACUGUGCAGAUGCCAGGAAUGGCCAGAAUUUACCCAGUUUAUUUGUUCUAUUUUACUGACAUGCGUGCUUGCAAAUAAAAUGUAUUUGCAUUAAAGAUUGAUUGCACAGUGCUAGAUUAAAAUCUAGCGUUGGUCUUGGAGCAUCUCAAUCCAUUCUGAUUAGAUUCUUUAAUUUUUCACAUAGUCCUCAGGCAAUAUGAGAGACUUCUUUUUCCCUUUCAUUUGACUGAGAUAAUUCCUAUUUGAUUUGUUUUUCCACUCUGUGCAGAAAACAUACAUAUCUUCAUUCACUUGUUCUCUUAUGUCAGUAAUACUGCAGUCAAGCACGGAACACAAGGUGAAAGUGCUUGUUAACAUUUCAUUUACUUUCUAUUUUUCCUCUUUUAAAUUGUUCUAUAUUCACCUGGAGUUUUAAAUGAUUUUGACCCAGUGCAGUUAAUUUUCUGGACCUCAGAACUCGGUUUGGAACUAGAAAGUGUCUCCGCCGCCCGGGCUCUCUCCCCACUCACCGUAUGACCCACCUCCUACCUAUAAUAGUCACCUGCUCUACCACAAUAGCCACAUAAAACAUCGCUGUGUUCAUAUCAACACCCCAUUCCAAACUCCUCAUGCCUCCCUCUUGCCUUCAGAGUAAGUGCCCUUGGCAGAGUGUUCACAUUCUUCUGCCAUCCAGGUACAGUUCACCUUUGUGGCUGCUUUAUCUCAUCUGAUCACUGUACUCCUGCCGAACAAGGGGUUCAGUAUAUUCUGAAUAUUCCUUGUGUUUUCCUCCCUCCAUGUUUCAGUUCACACCAUCCCUUUCACCUGAGGUCUGCUCCUUCUGCAGCUCCUUCUUCAUAUUCUGCCCAGAGUAGCCUCUCGUCCAUGACAUAUCCCCUCCCCGCUUCCCCUCGGCCUCGCUGGGAGUAUGUCUUCUUCCUCUGUGUUCCCUCUGGACCCCUCUGUCUGUUUUGCACUCAUCGUGUCCUCUCACAUCCUAGUUGUUUGUCUGUGGAGCUCAUCACCUGAAAGGAUCUUUGAGCAGUGGACUUCUCCUUCUCCAGGCCCUCCUCCCCAGCACCACCCCCAGGGCCUUAGCAGGUGCAAGGUUUAUCGCAUAUUCAAAAUGGACUAAAUUGAAUGUUAUCAUCUUGGUUUCCCGUUCUUAGAUCUUUGGGAAUUCAAGCAGAGAGGGUGACAAAGAAAGCAGACUCUGGAGUCAGACAAGCCAGCUCUGCUGUUCGCUAGCUCACGGCUUGGGGCAAAUCUCAUCACGCUCAGGACAGUUUCCUUGUCGACACCCUGUGUUUUUGAGAGGAAGAAUUCAACGAAAUAGCAGACAUAGAGUUUUUAACACAUGCUGCUUUUGGCAAAUAGCCGCUCGUAACGUUAGUAUCCAACUCUGUCCUUUGUUGUAUUAGUUAUCCCUUCAAGGCCCGUGGAAUCCGUAGUCUGCCGUCAGUGCCAUACCUUUCAUGUUUUCAUUCAUGUCAUUAAUAAAGCAUGUUAAGUAGGUUAAGGACAAGGACGGAGUCAGGUGACACAUUACUGGAGAUUUCCCUCGAGGUUGACAGGCAAUCCAUUAGUCAACAUCCUCUGGGUGCUGGACUGUGCCAUCAUCCAGUGUGCAUGUCAGCCUUGUUCGUAAGACUCUGAGUGUUUGACGACAUGCCUACCGAAUUCCACAUCUGUGAUUCAUGUGGCAGCCUGCAAUCCUAACUCUGUCAGGAAAGGAAGAGAGAACUAUUUUUCGUACCUGGUUCUUCAUGAACUCUUGCUGGCUCCUACUUGCCCCUACGGUUUUACUGCAGAUCAACACCAAACUUGGCAGUUUGUGAUUUUCAGAAUUUAUCUUUUUCUCUGCUUUGAAUCACGUGUAUACUUUUUGUCCAUCUCCAACCUGCUACUUCUCUUCCUUUGCAAUUUCUCAAAAAUUAGUGAGGUUAUUUCCACAGUCAAAUCUACAAGUUUUUUCAGUACCUUUUUUCUCCUCGUUCAGUAAAUGCUCUUCUGAGCCUACAUACAUGUCAGGCACUGUGCUUGGCCUUGAGGAGACAGGGAUGAAUAAGACAAAGGUCUUUCCAGGCUGCAUGAUUUUUGCAUACCAAGUUUUGGGCUGAAAACUUGGGUUUUAAGAGAUUUGGGCAUGUGGGAUGGAGAUAGGAUUGGAGGGAAUAUUUUGCCUACUUGUAAAUAAUACUAGUCCCAUCAAUCCAACUGAAGGGAGAGAAAGAGGAAGGUAACUCAGAGAGCCUUUCCAGGAACCAUUGCUGAAUGACAAGAGUGGAGGACCUUUAAUAGUGUGAAUUCUGUCAAGGCUACUGCACCUACUGUGUGCUAAAGGCUGUAUUAGACACUGGGAUACAAGGAUGAACAAGCCCUCAAGAAGAUGACGCCGUGCUGGGAAAUAGCAAGCAGGCAUCGCACUGCAAUGUGAUGAAUGCUUCUUAAAUUCUGGGUAGGGUGAGGAGCAUAAAGGAGGGGCACCUAAUUCUCUUCCCGAAGCAAUUAAAGGUCAAGGCUGGAGACCUGAAAAACAGGUACUAGUUAGCCAGGCCCAGAGGGACAGGAGAACAAUCCAGGUAGAGGGAGUCUGCAGAGUGUUGGGCUGCCUUCAGGAAAUGGUGGUGUUUGCACCGGGGCGGGGGGGAUGCAGUGGCAGCUGAAGAGAUUCUGAAGGGCUUGUAAAUCAUGCCGGGGAGUUUGGACUUGAUCUUAAGGAUGUGGGGUGCCAUUAGAGGGUUUCAACAGGGAAGUCACCUAAUGAGAUUUAUGCUCUGGAGCAUUGUGGAAGAUGGAGUGCUCAGGGCCAUGCCGAGCAGCUGGGACACGGUGUGGGGCUGUUUCAGUUAAUUCCGGGCGAGAAAUGCUGAUGGCCUGGUGUGGAGCCUUCCGGACGGGAAGAAGGAGACAGAGCGCGGAGUUACUAAACAGCUCUGAGCAGAUGGCUUGCAGUUUAUAGUUAAAUAUCAAAAACAAGAGCCAUUUAUGAUCGUGCUUUUCAUACUUUAGUGUGUGUAAAAGAUCACCUGCGGACAGUUUGAAAAACCUGUUUUUCAGGUCUCCAGCCUUGACCUGACAUCAUUAUGGAAAUGAUGUGAAGAAAUUUCAGCCCGCAAGUGUAUUUCCAGUAAAUAGCCUAGGUGCCACGGUUGCAGGUGUCCUCAGACCACACCACGAAAAACCCCUUCCUGUUAGAUGUUUUCAAAUGGCAAUACUUCUUUUAAGUGCAUUCACAUUAUGUUCACUUUUCAUUUAAGAAUGAAGAUUCAGUCCUGUUAUCUCUGUUGAAAAUACAUGAAUGGCUCCACCCCAAGGGUUAAUGUGCUGGAAAAAAAUAAAAAAAGAGCAGUCUCCUUGCUAGUGUGGUCUGUGUUCACUAAUUGUUUGCUCUCUGUAAGGGAUGCAGAGCAGAGCAGAAUGGUGAUAAUCUUGUUAAAACCUCUGCUGCAGAUUGCUUGUAAAUGAAUUUUCAAAGGUUUCAGCAUGCCCUUUGCAAGAGUAAGCAAGCAAGCAUUUAUGGAGAAAACCAUAGUUCCCCCAAUUCUUGAAGUUCCUUGCAGGUGUGCAUUCUUAGUGUUUAAGGCAUAUUUUGAUGCAUUUAUUAUUGUGAUAUUUCUCAAGCCAGUAUGCCUGGUUUCAAAUCCCAGCUGCACCGUUUAUGAGCUGUGUGACCACAAGCAAGUUACCUGUGCUUUCCUUCUCUCAUCUGUAAAAUGAGAAUAAAACUGUACCUGUCUCAUGGGCUUGCUGUGAGAAUUAAAUAAGAAUGCAUGUAGGGCACCUGGGUGGCUCAGUCGGUUAAGCGGCUGCCUUCGGCUCAGGUCAUGAUCCUGGAGUCCCAGGAUCGAGUCCCGCAUCGGGCUCCCUGCUCGGCGGGGAGUCUGCUUCUCCCUCUGACCCUCACCCCUCUCAUGUGCUCUCUCAUUCUCUCUCUCAAAUAAAUAAAUAAAAUCUUAAAAAAAAAAAAAAAAGAAUGCAUGUAAACUACUUUGCACAGCAUGUGAACUUAGUAGGCCAUUUCUGACCAUUUCUGACAGGAGCCCAGUAGUCUAUAAAAACCUUAUGUCACCUGUAUUAGAAGUUAGUCAUGUAAUAAACACUUUGUCUUCUUAUUUGUCAUGGUACUUUAAAAACCAACACAUCUAUAGUGCCCAUAUGCAAGAAUUCUUAGAGCAGCAUAAGUGUUCAGCAGUACAUACCAAACACAUGGAUAAGUAGGCCAAUCACAACAAUGACGAGUAUUUCUUGUGCACUUAGUCUUUCCCAGUCGGUCCUUUAAUUCUCACAGCGAUCCCAUCAGCGAGGCUUGCUCAAUCCCUUCUUGGAGUGAGGAACUCAGGUGCAGAGAGAUUAAGGGAUUGCCUGCAGUCAUGUUGUCAUUAAAGAAAAAGAUCCGCUAUUUGAACUCAGAAGCUGCCAAUGCCAGACCCUGUUCUUACCCACCGCUCGGAGAUAUGGUAUUGUCAGUUAUGUGAAGCAUGGUUAGGAACAUUCAUUUGUAUGCCAAGUAAAUUAAGAAAUUGACUCAUCUUGAAUGUGAAAUGUGUGGAAGUGAUUCCCGAAAUGUGUACGGUGGUAUUGUACAGCUCUGUUUUAAGUCACAGUCAAGCCCGGUGCUCUGUUUCUCCGAAGUAGCCAUGCAGGUAUUAUACUGGGUACUCUGGGAGGGAUCUCGGUCGGGGGGGCUCUUAGAGCAGUGCUUCUCCAACCUGAGUGUACAGAUACCUCAAGGGCUUGUUAAAAACCCAGAUUACUGGGCUCCACCCCUGCCUCAGAGUUGCUGACUCAAUGGGUCUGGGGUGUGGUCUGAGAAUCUGCAUUCCUAACAAGGUCCCAGGUGACGCCGAUGCUGCUGAUUUGGGACCACACUUUGAGAAUCACCAUGUUAGAGGAAUGAGAUGAUUGGUGAAUUUGGGAGCAGAGGGUGGUUUAAAAUCUACCCCUAUAAUUGCCUGACCUGCUUCACAGACCUAGUUACUAACUUCACAAAGACACUUGGAAGUGCCAAAUCUUCAGCUCUACCAUGGAGAUACUUAGAUGAAAAUCAAAAGAUAGAAAUCUUUACUUUAGCCUUAACAUUUCCGAAGCAGGGCGGUGGCUUUCUGAUUUAGAAACUCCUACACAGUCUCUUCCCCUUCUCCAAAACAGUGGGGUCUUUUAAAAACCCAGGUAUUUCCCUUACCUAUGGCUCAAACCCAGCAUUUGGCUUUAGAACUAGGUACUUGACCAAGUUCUGGGCUGCGUCAAGGAAGCCCCUUGUGUCCAUUACUCCCCACCCUGGAGCAAGAAUUUUCUCCCUAGUGAGGUUAUAUUCAUAAAAUAUGGGCCAGCUUCCCAUGUUCAUGGGCUGGUCUCAUUGUUGAGGCUAAGGGGCAAGGUCAUGGAGUAACUUAAGCAAAACCCAAAAUAUCAGAAUGACCCAAGAAUGAAGGAUCACCUUAGGCAUGUUGGAUCCUAAAACUGGGAUAGGAUAAAGCAGAGAUUCUCUUUUGAUUCUCCAUGACAAUGAGAGGGAAAGGUAUGGAAAGACAAAUGAUCCGUAGAGCAUUUCUUUUUGUCUGUGGAAUAUAUUACCUAAAAGUGGAUUUACUCCUUUGCUUUUUUCCCCUAAGGAGACUUGUGCCUCUGGAAAUACAAAUAGUUGCUUAUCAGAAUGGAAACUCUGGCUCGAUGAGUAACUGGAAUAAACCCAGUUCAUUUUCCAUCAUCAGGAGAAUGAAGAAAUAAAUUAUGCAUUAAGUCAUACAAGGGAAUAUUAUAUAGCAGUCAAAUGAAUGCACUUCAGAUACGUGGAGAAUCUUAGCAAAAUGAUUUUGAAUGUAAAUCAUCCCAAAAGAUUAUAGAUAUCAUGGUAGCCUGCUUAUUAAAAAAUGAAAGACAAAACAGAAAAAAAAGAAUCUACUUUUUAGGAAUACUUAUAGAUGUGAACAUUCUUCAUAAAAAUGAAAGCAAGGAAAUGGUAAACAGAAUAGAAUGAGGAGGUAGAUAUUAGUGUCGACGUUUUCGUUUUUGUAAUGGGUAGUGGUUUCUUCAUUUACUCUAUGCUUAAAUGUAAGGAAAUAAACAAAAGCAUAAGUACAAUAAAUAAAUCCGAAAUAAACAUGACUACUGGCUCAUACAAACCAGUCAGUUAAGAACUAAAAUAAAGGUAGUCUUGCAUGGACCAACGAUGAGAGUGUGUCAAGAACCAAGGAAUUUGAUUAAUCCAAUUCAGUGCACCUGUGACUCAUAGAUUUUCUGCAGAGAAAAUAAUGAAAAGUGACUCUCUGGGCCCCUGCUUGGUUCCCACACAGCAGUGUGACCUGAAGUCUUUGCCACUUUUCCCAGCUCUCAUCUCCAUUGGUCCAGUUGGUUCUUUAUACACGAAGAUCACUGAGGGAGGGUAUCAGUAGGCCGCUGAAGAUCGCAGCAGAGUCACUUCAGAAGAAACCAUGGCUGUGGUAUCCCUGGGGUAGGAAAAACGUGUGGUUCCUCUUCUCUGAUCUCCACCUCUCUGAGGAAGGGAACAUGUUGACAUGUUUUCUCAGAGAAGCUAAGGUAGGAAUUUUAGAAAAUAAAAAAGGCUGUGUCCAGUAUGAGAAACUUGUUGCUAGACACAAACUUUGGGGCCCGUGGCUUAGAGGGAUGUUCGACUAGGGGAGCCUAGGUGGCGCAGUCGGGCAAGUGUUGGAUCUUGAUUUCCGCUCAGGUCGUGAUCUCAGGUCAUGAGAUCGAGUCCCAAGUCAGGCUCCACACUCAGCGGGGAGUCUGCAUGAGACUCUAUCUCCCUCUUCCUCUGCCCCUCCCCCUAUGCUCACGUUCUCUCUCUCUCUCAAAUAAAAAAAUAAAAAAGAAAAGGAAGUGCGAUUAACUGGCCCCUGAGCUGCCUUCAUUGCCUCAUUCCCUGCUGUCACUUCUCCCUCCCUGGACGACUGUCUCCACUGCUCCUCGUCUACGGGCUUGAAUAGUCAUGGGUAGUUUUGAAAGCUAGCUAGUUCUGUGAGCCUCUUCCAUGGAAUCUUAAUCCUUCCAACAGGAAAUAAUAUUUCCCUUUGUUGAUGUCUUUUAGAACCCAAGUUUUGUACGCCCCCCCUCCAAGGCAUUUGCCCCUUUCUCAUGGCAGGAUCAGUAUCUCAACUGGACAUCUGCUAGGGGUGCAAGGAGCUUCGGGGCAUUCAAAUAGGAACAGAUGAAAUCUUGCCCUUGUGGAACUUGUCUUCCACUGUGUAUGUGGCCCACAGCCUCUAUGAGAAGGUCCGGUAUGAGAAGCUCUCUAUGAUGUAGUGUGCUUCAUUCAGGCUUUCCUGUGAAAUAGGAGAGUUCAGUCAACAUAGCCCAGAGCUGAGGAUUUACUCGUUAAUUUAUAAUCUCAAGGGAGGAGGAAGAACCCUUACCACCCUCUCUCAGAACCAUCUUCUAUUUUCAUGCUAGUUCUGUUGCUCACAUCCCAGAUGACAGCCUCUCCCUCGCUCCUCGUUCCUGCUCCAAGUCCUUUUCCCUGAUUUUGGCCGCACAUGUGUUGGGACCCAGAAGUGGUUCAGAGAGGGUGGUCAUAAGAAGAAAAAUAAAAAUAAAGGCAGUAUUUUAAAGUGUUAACUGAGUGCCAGGCACUACUUUUUCAUAUAUUAACUUAUAUAAUCUUUUCAACAACUCUAUGAGAUAGACACCAUUAUCUUUUCCCUUUUUUAGAAGAAAGCGAGGCACAGAGAGGUUAUGUGCCUUUGCCAAGGUCACACAGCUGUAACCGAGGCUACUAAACAUAUCACCUCAUAAAAAGCAAAGAGAAACAACUUCACAGAGAUUGAAAAUGUAAGAGAGAAACGGAGAGGGGAUACAUCAUCCAUGAACCAAGGGGAAAGGACAUCAAGAUAUUAGAAGUGGAGCGUGGCUGAGUGCUGACAAGGUCCAGUGAUGUAACUCCCUGGCAGAUUGUUCCAGUACAGGAAAGGGGAAGGUAGUGAAGCGGACUUUAGCUCCUCGAGCAGCACGGGCAGCAUUUCGGCCCCUGAGGUCCAUAUGUCUGCGGCGGGAAGCAAGCGGUCCUCUUUUUCACGCAACCGAGGUCCCCAUGGGCGGAGUAAUGGAGCUUCGUCAUACAAGUCUGGCAACAGCCCACCCUCCCCACGGGAGAAGGACUUUCUGUCCAUGCUGUGCAGGAAUCAGCUGAGUCCCGUUAACAUCCAUCCCAGUUACGCGCCUUCCUCCCCAAGUAGUAGCAACUCCGGCUCCUACAAAGGAAGCGACGGCAGCCCAGUCAUGAGGCGCUCUGGAAGGUACAUGUCCUGUGGUGAAAAUCAUGGUGUCAAGCCCCCAAAUCCAGAGCAAUAUUUGACUCCUCUGCAGCAGAAAGAGGUCACAGUGAGGCACCUGAAGACCAAGCUGAAGGAAUCUGAGCGCCGACUUUAUGAAAGGGAAAGCGAGAUCGCGGAGCUCAAGUCCCAGCUGGCCCGCAUGAGGGAGGACUGGAUUGAGGAAGAGUGCCACCGCGUGGAAGCGCAGCUGGCCCUGAAGGAAGCCAGGAAAGAGAUCAAACAGCUCCGACAGGUCAUCGAAACGAUGCGGAGCAGCUUGGCUGAUAAAGAUAAAGGCAUUCAGAAGUAUUUUGUGGACAUCAACAUCCAGAACAAGAAGUUGGAGUCCCUGCUGCAGAGCAUGGAGAUGGCGCACAGCGGCGCUCUGAGGGAUGAACUGUGCCUGGACUUCCCGUGCGAUUCCCCGCAGAAAAGCUUACCCCCCAGCGCCCCUUUUGGCAAGAUGGCGGAUGGGCUGUCUCUGGAGGCGCAGGGCAUGGAGGAGGGGGCUGGCAGCGAGCUGCUGGUGGGAGAUGGUAUGGCCGACGGCACGGAUCUGUUUGAUGGCAUGGUGACGGCCGCCGCCGCCGCCACCGAGGCCCCCGACCCGGAGCUUCUUCGAUCAGCCCCCGGGGCCCAGGCCCUCGGGCUCCUCCCCCUGGCCGGGGCCCAGGAAGCGGCCCGAGCGCUGGUGGAGCGGGCCGUGCAGACCGACGUGGUGCCCUACAGCCCUGCGGUCUCGGAGCUCAUUCGGCAUGUGCUCAAGCUCCAGGACCCCUGUCCCUCGGGCUCAGCCUCCCCUGAUGAGCCCGGGGCUGACUCGACACAAAGCUUCCCCGAGUGCAUCUCCGCAUUCCCGGUUGAUCUAACGCCAAGAAAUCCCAACUCCGCCAUCCUUUUGUCUCCCGGGGAGACCCCGUCCGCCGCGGGGGGUCCGGAAGCCCCUGCAAACCGCCUCAUGAGAGAGCUGGAUUUUGCAGGCUCCACGGAGGAGAGACUGGACGGCGUCCGCCCGCUGCCCCGGGGGGCCGUCGGGAGGCAGUACUGGAGCAGCAGCUUCCUGGUGGAUCUCCUGGCCGUGGCUGCCCCGGUGGUGCCCACGGUUCUGUGGGCAUUCAGUACUCAGAGAGGGGCGACCGAUCCCGUCUACAACAUCGGCGCGCUGCUGCGGGGCUGCUGUGUGGUCGCCCUGCAUUCGCUCCGCCGCAGCGCCUCCCGCGGCAAAACCUGAAGACAAGUUGUCCCGUGGGGCGUGCUGCCCGGCGGGGAGACAGCGGGUCGACCUGGGGCGGUCUCUAGUCUGUCGUUUUGCUCCUCGGUAUUUGAUUUGCACUAUAUUUAGUUGACACCUGUUCACUGUUUAAAACUGGAGGUAUCUUCAAAGGCAUGGAGACGUGGUUCAAGUUAAAUGUCCCACCAGUGGUAGAGAAAGCAUGCUCCUGACCCUGCCGUGUCGUCCGAGGUACCCGUGCUUAUCCUAGUGGUUCAGGAAGAGAAAAUGCAGAGUUUGCACUUUCAGGACAGCUUCUGUAAGGCUGGCAUGUUAGCUCCUUGCUUUGCUUUGUGCCCUUUUAAAAUGUGUAAUUGUUACAGCAUUCCAGUGGUCUUGUGCACAGCAGGGGACUGUAACCAAAAAUAAAACUGUAUUCGUGUAAUUGGUUUGAAGAAGUCUUGAAUAGCUCCUUAGUGUCUUACUUGGGGUUGAUAAGGUUUGAGUGUUCGCAGUUUUUUACUAAAUGUAGCUCCAGAGUCGGAAAAUGGCUUGUUUGUUCCUAAACCUGUUAAUUGAUGAAACUGUAUGUAAGUUUACUAUGUAUUAACUUAUUUUUUGCUUAUUAUAUAGCGUUCUAUUGGAAAUUGUAACCACAACACACUUCAGCAUGAUGAAAAUAAAGAUUAGUGUUUCCAUUUAAAUAAAUGUUUUAUCCUCCUAUAAAAUAAUUAUCUGUUUAGUUUUACUCCUGUAUAUGGUAAGAAAGACUAAAUGGAUAGAUCCUUUCUUCUUUGUCAAUAGGGGUCUAUAAAAAUGGAAUUAACUUAAGAAAUGAGAAGGGGAAAAUUAUUAAAGAAACGGGAGGGUUUCCUACUGUCUUUAAAAAAGCAUUGCUUCUGAAUAAAAGUAGCUUUGAUUGUUUGCUCUGAAA